AUGCUCAGGGUUGUUGUGGAGUCUGCCACCAUCAGCCCUCCGCUCAGUCCCACACCCAGAGCCUUCGUAACUGUCUACUUCAGAGAUAUGAAGAAAAGAACUCGUGUGGAAGAUGGAAACGACCCUGUAUGGAAUGAGACCCUGAUCUGGCACCUCUGGCAUCAGCCACUGGAAAAUGAUUCCUUCUUGAAAGUCAUACUUCAGGAUUCAGGUUCUAAAAAGAAAGAAAGGUUCAUUGGCCUGGCCACUGUACUGCUCAACCAGCUGGCACAAAGACCAAACGAAGUCUUGUUUGUGAGGAACCUGAUCCUGCUCAACCAUUCCAUGAAGCCCACUGACUGUACUGUCACCCUACAGGUGGCCCAAAUAUAUGACCAGGAUACUGAGAUGACAGGCAAUGAGAAGCUCCUGGGCUCAACUGUUGCCUGGAAUAAACAAAUGGUCUCUGGCUUCCCCAUGUACAGGGCUCUGGCUUCCAAGCCUCAACACUUUCAGGUUCGGCUGAAGGUGUUUGAAGCCCGACAGCUCCUGGGCAACAACAUCAAACCAGUCGUGAAGAUUAACAUUGCGGGCCAGCAGCAUGUCACUCGGAUCAAGACAGGAAACAAUGCUUUCUUCAAUGAGAUAUUCUUCCAGAAUUUCCACGAGGUUCCUGCAAAGUUCUUUGAGGAGAACAUCCUAAUCGAGGUGGUGGACUCUUCAGCAUCAAGAUCUAAAGCAGAGAUUGGGAGAUUUCAAACAGACAUUGGGUUUAUCUACCAUUCCCCAGGUCACACACUCCUAAGGAAAUGGUUAGGCCUCUGCCAGCGAAAUAAGACCACCAGUGGAGUCAGAGGCUACUUGAAAGUCACCAUCUGUGUUCUCGGUGUGGGGGAUCAAGCACUGGUAGAUCAAAAGCUUCCCUAUGAGCCUGAUACCCAGGUCCAGAUCUUCAAGUCAACAGAAGUUCCAAUCAGCCUGGCUUACUUGCAGUUCUUCAUCUACUGUGCAGAGGAUCUCCAUUUCAGCAACCACCAGUCAGCCACUCCUGUGUUGGAAGUGGAACUAAUUGGGGACAAGCUUAGGACAUAUCCCCAGAACCAGUCCGACAACCCAAUAUGGAACCAAAUGCUCACCUUCCAGAUUCAGCUGCCCUGUCUCUCUAGCUACAUCAAGUUCAGGGUCAUGGACUGCUUCAAACAUAAUUGCCGGGAGGAGAUUGGGUCUGCCAGCUUAUGUCUCAGCCAGAUCUCAUCCACUGGCGAAGAGAUCCAAGGGAUGUACUCUGGCUUCCUGCCCUGCUUUGGCCCCAGCUUCCUGACACUCCGUGGGGGAAAAAAGCCCCCUUUGAGGACCACAGAAGAAGGCACUUGCAUCCUUGAUGCUGUUAAGGACGGUUUAGAUUACCGUGGCCGAAUCUUUGUGGAGAUAGUCACCAAGAUUAAGUCUCAGCAAGACUCGGUGAUAAAGGACCUGUCUCAGGAAGUGACCCAAGUGGAGAUGCAGCACUAUCGCCAAAAGUUUGGGCUGUGCGUCGUCUUCCUCUCCUGCACCAUGAUGCCCAAAUUUAAGGACCUGAUUCAAUUCGAGGUCAGCAUGGGCCACUACGGAAACAAGAUGGAUCCAAACUACAAGCCUCUUGUGUCUACCACACAGCACAACCCGGUGAUAUAUGACGGGAGUAUCUACCAUUAUGUGCCCUGGUACAACACGAAGCCUGUGGUGGCUGUGACCUCCAACUGGGAGGAUGUCAGCUUCCGAAUAAACUGCCUCAACCUCCUCCACAUUGCCCGGGAUCGUCUGAAAACCAACCUGGACAUCCUGAAAUCCAUACGGAAUCCCAGGGAUCCAGCUCUGCUCCAACAGUGGGAGAAACUGCUGAAGGAGCUACAGGAGGACUGCUGGCGCCCUCUGCCUUGUAUGACUGAUCAGCCCAGAGCUAACAGCCUGGACAAGAAUAAAUGGCAUCUUCGUAGCCAGCUUCUGCAGCAACUGGCGCAAACGGCCAAGGAAGCCAAGCCAGUGAACAUGGUGGCCACGGCAGAGAACUGGUUGCGCCGUCUCAACGCUGUGCUCCCUGAGCCCCAGGAGAGCCUCCCAGAUAUUCUGAUCUGGUUGAUGUCCAGGCAGCAGCGAGUGGCCUAUGCUCGGGUACCCGCCCACACUGUCCUGUUCUCCCCAGAAGGACCCCUGAGCUCUGGCAAGUUCUGUGGGAAGAUUCAGAACCUCUUCUUACAGUACCCAGAAGGUGAAGGACAGGAUAUACGCCCAGCCUACCUCCGGGUCUGCAUGUGGCUCGGCAAUGUCAAACACAGCAAGAAUCUGAAGCUGCUCCAGCAAGGCACCAUGGUGGUGUAUGCGGAGACGUAUGAGAAUCAGGCCAAGAUCAAAGAGGACUGGGGACAGCAAGGGCUAUACCACUGCCCCAACUUCUCAGAUGUCAUGGGGCACAAGGCGCUCCCCAAGACAGACUUCAAGGCUCCCUCAGGAUGGCAUUGGAAGGACGACUGGGUAGUGGAGCCUCAGAGGAGACUCCUCCUGGACAUAGACAUCAACAAGAGCCAGGUGUUGGAAGAGGUAUAUGAGAACCAGACUCGAAAUGCCACAGGUGCCUGGGUGCCCGCAGCCAUCCCCAACACGGACGUGAAUGGACAGCCUGUGGAAGCCCUGGAGAAUGUGAAGUGUCCCCAAGGCUGGCACUUUAAGAAGAACUGGAUUGUGGAGCUCAACCAUGCAGUGGACAGUGAAGGCUGGGAGUAUGGAGUGGGGAUCCCACCCUCCGGCCUGCCUCAGAUCUGGAACUCAGUGGAAAAGACUUACCACUCAUGCCGCCGGCGACGGUGGGUGCGCGUGCGCUUUCGGAAUCGCAGGGAGCUGGGCCAGGAGCUGAGCCAGGAGCAGGAGACCCUCUCCUUCCUGCAGAUGCAAGACCUCUCUGAGGAGGGAAAGGAAGGCUGGGAGUAUGGCACAUUCGACUCCAGGUUCCACCUGGACCCUCAGCCCACAAGCCGGUUCCGACGCCGCUGCUGGCACCGAAGGCUGGCGCCCAACAAGGACAGGGGUGUAGCUCCCAUAUUCCUCCUGGAGGGAUCCUUGGCAGUGGAGCAGAAAAAACAACCUAAGAAGGAAAUGGAGAAGACGUCGUGGCAGCUCUGGAAGGACUGGAAGCACACCCCGGAGGAUCCCCGGAUUCCCACCACACCUUUCAUCUACUGCAUCCUCAACAAACCUCACUACUACCAGCUCUUCUGCUAUAUCUACCAGGCCCGGAAUCUGAUGUACAACCAGAUCUUGACCUUUCAGGAACCUUUCAUCCAAGUGGUCUUCCUGAACCAUAGCUUGUGCACCCAGACCCUGCGAAGCUCUGCAGCUCCGACGUGGUCCCAGACACUCAUCUUCCAGCACCUUCUGCUGUUUGAAGACCCCAAAGAUACCAGAGAGAACCCCCCACUUGUGGUGCUGGAACUGUGGCAGCAUGACUCACAGGGAAACAAGAUCUUGUGGGGACGGAGCAUGUGGCCCCCAGUUGUCUGGCUGGGCCUCCAAGACUGGGUCUUUACCCCCCUGAGGUGGCGCCCCCUUGUAAGAGAGUUGGGAGAGGAAGAGGGUGAGAUCUUGGCAUCCUGUGAGCUGAUCUUAGAGACACAGAAGCUGAAAGAGUUACAUCAGCCAAUCCUAAGCAUCCCCUGUAAGAACGGGAUUUACAUGCUUCCCAAGAACAUCCGGCCCAGUGUGAAAAUGAUGGCCAUUGAGAUUAUGGCCUGGGGCCUUCGGAACAUGACGAAGGUGCGUUACCCUCAGCUCCUGCUGGAAUGUGGGGAAGAAUCCCUGCGGACAGAACCCAUUAGAAACUUCCAGGAGAACCCCAACUUCCCUACGUCCACCUUCUUCUUCACAGUGUUCAUGCCUAUGGAGGAGACCCACGCACAGCCCCUGGUGGUGAAAGUGGUGGACAACCAGGAAUAUGGCCAGCAGAUUGUGGUCGGACAAGCCAAUAUUGACUUCCUCCAGCCCUAUUUCUGUGACCCCUGGUCUCUGAACUACACAACUGUCAAGCUGCCAACUCUGUCUAUAAAGAAGCCUGAUACUUUCCUAGACUUUGUCUACAAGAAGUUCUGGUUCGAUUCCAGCAAAGACGAGGACGACUAUGAGCAGGAGGUGGACUGGUGGAGCAAGCUAUCCUGGGCCACGGGCAAUGCAGACAAAUCCCUGAAGUACAACUACAAAAGCUACCACACCCUAAAGGUAUAUGACUGUGAGCUGGAGGCCGUUCAGGCCUUCCAGGGCCUGCAGGACUUUUGCCAGACCUUCAAACUUUACCAAGAGAAGCCCAAGGUGGACAGUCCUGUGGUAGGGGAAUUCAAGGGCCUCUUCCGCAUCUACCCCUUUCCUGAGGACCCGGAUGCCCCUAAACCCCCACGACAGUUCUCGGCUUGGCCUGAGAUUGAGGACUUCCCUCAGAUGUGCUUGGUACGGGUGUACCUGAUACGAGCCAUCAACCUGCAGCCACAGGACUACAAUGGCCUGUGUGACCCUUAUGUGAUCCUGAAACUAGGACAGACAAAACUUGGCAGCCGGGACUCCUACCACCCCAACACUCUGGAUCCCAUCUUUGGCAUGAUGUACGAGCUUACCUGUAACAUCCCGCUGGAGAAGGACCUGGAGAUCCAGCUGUAUGAUUUUGACCUAAUUACUUCUGAUGAUGAAAUUGGAACUACAGUCAUUGACCUUGAGAACCGACUCCUGUCUGGCUUUGGGGCCCGUUGUGGGCUCUCUAAAUCCUACUGCAAGUCAGGGCCCUUUAAGUGGAGGGAUCAGAUGACCCCGAGCUACCUUCUCUACCGCUAUGCCAAACAGAAAGGGCUGCCUCCACCUGUAUUUGACCUUGAGGGAGAUUCAAUUUACUACAAUGGGGAAAAAUUCAAGUUGCAGAGCUUUGAGUCCACACCCCCUACCUAUGAGAAUUUGGGGCCUAAGAAGGAGCGCCUGGCGCUGUACAUCCUGAACACCCAGGGACUGGUUCCUGAGCAUGUAGAGACUCGCACACUAUACAGUAACAGCCAGCCAGGUAUUGACCAGGGAAAAAUACAAAUGUGGGUGGAUAUUUUCCCCAAGAUGCUGGGGCCUCCUGGGCCACGAGUCAACAUCAGCCCCAGGAAGCCUAAACGGUACCAACUGCGCUGUAUCAUCUGGAGCACAGCCGAAGUGGACCUUGUCCGAGAGACCUUCAGUAGAGAGAAAAUGAGUGAUAUCUACGUGAAAGGGUGGCUCUUUGGGCUAGAGAAGGAUGCUCAGAAGACAGAUGUCCACUACCACUCCUUCACUGGAGAGGCCACCUUUAACUGGAGAUUCAUCUUUACCAUGGACUAUCUGACAGCCGAGCGUGUAUGCGUCCAAAGCCACAAGGACUACAUAUGGAGCCUGGAUCCCACGUCAAUGAAGUUUCCAGCCCGGCUCAUCAUCCAGAUAUGGGACAAUGACUUCUUUUCCCCAGAUGACUUCUUAGGGGUCUUGGAGCUGGAUUUAUCGGAUAUGCCCCUUCCGGCUCGGAACAUCAGGCAAUGCUCCCUCAAGAUGAUGGAGAGUGACUCCAAAUGGCCCUUCACCCCACAUAAGCGUAUCUCUCUCUUUAAGAAGACCAAUGUAACUGGAUGGUGGCCUUGUCAGGUCCAAGAGGGUGACAAGUGGCGUUUGUCGGGGAAAGUCAACAUGACCCUUGAGAUGCUGCCAGAGAAGGAAGCUCUAAUCAGGCCAGCAGGGCGAGGCCAGUCUGAACCCAACCAGUUCCCUACACUUCAUCCUCCUGAGCGAAACGACGCCUCUUUACUGUGGUACCGGUCACCUAUUAAAAACUUCUGCUAUGUAAUCUGCAAACGCUACCGCUCCAAGAUCAUAUGCCUAGUGGUGACGCUGGUUAUAGGGAUUGUACUGUUCAACUUCGUCUAUUCCGCUCCGAACUAUUUGGCCAUGACCUGGAUCAAACCCAAACUUCGGAUGUAUCCUCCCAUUAAAAUAGUCAACCUCAUCGGUUCGGUGAACACCAGCAAUAUCAACUCUUCCAUUUUUACCAUGGAGGGCUCAAAGGAUCUUGCAAGAGAUAUCUUCCCAGAGAUUCUAGCUCCAUGAUCUGACCUUCCUUUCUCUCACCUGCCAAGUACUCUGUGCCUCGGGUUUCCUGGCAGAUUCUUGUUUGCGUCUUCUAGGGCAUGUCCAAGGGGCUAUGCACACUCUGACUCGUGUUUAGAGACCACUUCUUACAAGAAGAACAGAGCUGUAAUUUUUCACUGAAAUAAAUUUGUUUUUCUAACAGAGCC